GGAACAAAAGAAUGUAUUAGACAAGAAGAAAGAUAUGUAAUAGGUGUAUUAAAAAUGUAUAAAAAUAAAGGUGUCUGGGUACACAUACAGAGACACUGCAUAAAUAGUAAUAUAUAGACACAUUUCCUAAAUCCCUUGGCUCUUAUUUUUCUCUAAUUGACCCAAAAGAUCAGAUUAUACAUUUAGUUUUUCUUUAAUACUUCAUAUCCUACUAGUUUUCAAAACCAUCUAUAUAGUAUUUCAAGGAUGGAAAGAGAAAGAGCAAAAAGAAGGUAAAUUUGAAAUGGUCACUAAAUCAUGUUGCUAUGUGCUGAAGGAAGAGGAAUGUGGGGCGUGUGUGUGUGUGUGUGUGUGUGUGUGUGUGUGUGUGUGUAUGUGUGCGCGCGCGCGCGUGUAAAUCCAAACAGGAAUCAAGAACAACUAAAACUACCCCCCCUCCAAAAAAAGGAGGCUCUAGCCAAUCUUUUGUAAUGUCUUCUCAAAGGCUUUUUUUGAGUUUACUAUUUCUUGGCUGUUUGACUCUCUGGUCUAAAUCUUAAAGCUGGAGGAGGGGAAUGGGCGGGGGUAGGGUGGGAGGAGAGGGCUAGCAGUAUAUAAGUGCAUCAGGAGGAAUUUUAAAACGGCAUUAUUGUUACUGGCAAUGGAAAGACUCUGGUCAUUCUACUUUUAAAAACAAACACCAGCAUCUGCUUUUCCUGGAAACUUUGUUUUCUGCUUAAACCUUGUGCAUUUUGCCUCCUGUGAAAGUGAAAGAGAAAAACGCCGUGUGAUAGAUCCAGAUGCAAAAGAAAGGCAACUCGGUGGAUGGUAUUAGCUGUGACGAGGCAUUGUUCAUCGCUGCCUCUCGGUUACGUUUAAAGCCUGAAAUAUCACGAGAUCCAUUCUAUGAUCCUUCUCUCAUUCAAGGGACAAAAAUGUAAUUUGCUGUAGCUCUGAUUUCUUGGAUGGAAAUGCUUGCCUUAGAUUUCAAAGGCAAGAACUAGACAUCGAGGUUUGUACACACAUUGAUUAAGUUGAAAAGCGGCGAUUACAUCUGUGCUGAGUGCAACAGUAGUCCAGGGCUGACUUUUCAAAUCCCAACCUCCUGAGUUACAGACUCUCUUAAAUAGACUUCCUUAAUUUCCGGAUGUACUUCUUGAAAUUCCCAAUUCUCUUCAAAAUUCCGGGGAAAUUACAAGGGAGAUGAGGGUGGGUGGGGAACUAUGGCCAAGAGAUUUCAUCUUGUCAAGCAAUACGUUUUUGUAUGUCUGAAUCUUUUUUUUUUGGGCGGGGGGAAUACCUGCUAGUCAGACCAGAACAGGGGAAAGUAGAACUUUUGAACUUGAAGAAAGAAAUUAUUGUACACUUUUUUUUCCUUGAAGGCUCAGAAAUAUCCGUUUAUUCUUUAACCACACGGAUGUGUCUAUUUUUGGAGGAAGAAGGAAACAUAUAAAUGCCUGGGUUGCAUUUAUGCUGUAGUUGCAAACACCGAACAGUUAAGAAGGUUUUGCCGAAUUCUGCAAAGCAGCCAACAAAGCGCCUUGGGACCCUUGUAAUACAAGUAGGAAGACUCUUGCUCUCCUUUGGCAAUAUUUUGGAUAGCCUUGAAAAUGACAGCAAACUGUGCUUCAAUUUGACUAAGAAAAGGUUAAACCAUACUGAUAUUCAUCCAAAGUGAUUUUGUGAAAGCAGAUACUUGGUUUUCAUGGGCGAAAAAAAAUGAGAGUUGUGGAAGGUUCACCUAAACUACCAAUUCAAGCAUCCCAGACCACUGAAAUAGUCUGCAUUAUACAUCAGCACUUUCUUUUCAUCGUUACUACUACGUAAAACCUCUGGAAGCACCUUGGGCAUUUUACAUUUUCUUUUCUUUGCUGCACAAGGAAGCAAUCUGCUCCCUGGAAUUCUGAUCUGUCGUGAACAGGACCCUGGCAUAGGCUGUGCUGGGGGCUCUAGGACAAUCCCGCCUCCAAACAGCCCGGUUAAUCGUGAAAAGUGUACACAUUUCUGGCUUAUCUAUGCUUUGUUAUGGGUCUGACGCGAAACUACCUCCUCCCCACCCCACCCCCCAGCAGAGGACCGAAAUCCAGUAGAAUUGUUAGUGUUUCGGAGCUGGAGCCUUGAACUGCUUCCUUGGUCAAAUACGUAACUUUGUUUCUGGUUGUAAAAAAGGCAUUUCAGGGGGGAAAAAAGGAAAAUCGAGAGAAAUUCCAAACGUAAGUCUACUGGGGUGGUUCACGGCGCGGUUUAACUUUGGAGCUGCAGUAUCCUUCCCCGCUUCCAUAAGGGAAAUACCAGGCUAUUCUGCACAUUUUUCGCUUAAGCUCCAUUUUCCAAAGGAAAAGGGGGGUGGGGUCUUUCUAUCUGUGCUUGAUAAUGUUUUUAAAAUGCUUUUCUAUGAAACGAUAAUAGCUGUUAUCAGUAGAAUGCAAAUAAUGCAAAAAUAGGCAAUAUUUCUUUAAAGGGGAAUAUACGGUGGCUUUUUUUUUUUUUUUUUUUUUUUUUAAGCGUGCACACACUGCUUCUCCUGAAGUCUGUGAGUCAGGCUGUUUCUGAGCUCCGAUAGUUUAAUGGAAAGAUUUAUAUACCGACUGUAUUAUUUACUUUGGGAGGGGAGGUGGCAGUAUAAGGGUAUGCUAAUUAGUAGGAGAUUUUGGGGGGAAGGGGUGGAAUAUCAAUUUUUAUUGCAUCACCUGUCAGGAGUGUCCAAUCAGCGUUGGCUUUAGGGGAAUUAAUUGAUGAAGGUGUCUCCGGACGAGCUCGCUUCACUCUGUCAUUUUAUUUGUAGCUAAAGCAGCGGCGGGAAUAGCAGCUGCAUUUCUUUUCUCUUUCUGCCUUCACAUUCCAUUAUCACAGUGCUCCAAUGGAGAAGGAAGAAAUAGAGGGGCCCAGGUACUGAUCUGCAGCGAGGACUCAGACCAACACACACACUGGCAGAUCAGAAACCGGAUGGUUUUUUCCCUCUUUUUGAAAAAAACGAAAACCAAAAAAAAAGCAAGAAUCAAGUCAGUGUAAUUUCAUGGGGUUUUUCCUCCCCCCCGUCCAUAAUUUCGCCUAGAGUUUGGCACUCCCUUCUCCGGGAAUAACAGUCUUUGUUAUUUUAUUAGCAGGAUGCCUUGAGACACACGCAGCAUCUGGCGGAGGAUUAACAUACAUCCAUGUGUAUGUAUGCGUCACGUAUAUAUUUCCUGCAAAUGGUGGGGAUCCUUUAGUGCCCGAGAUGGGAGACCUGAAGUCAGGUUUUGAAGAGGUGGAUGGCGUGAGGCUCGGCUACCUCAUCAUUAAAGGCAAGCAAAUGUUUGCCCUCUCCCAAGUCUUCACAGAUCUGCUGAAAAACAUCCCGAGGACGACCGUGCACAAGCGCAUGGAUCAUCUGAAAGUGAAAAAGCACCACUGCGAUCUGGAGGAGUUGCGGAAACUCAAGGCCAUCAACAGCAUCGCCUUCCACGCCGCCAAAUGCACGCUCAUCUCCCGGGAAGACGUGGAAGCGCUCUACACCUCCUGCAAGACCGAGCGCGUGCUCAAGACCAAGCGCAGGAGGCUCGGCCGGGCCCUGCAGCAGCAGCCGAAUCACCACCACCCCCCUCACCACCACCGGCCGCAGCCCCAUCUCGGCAGCUUUCCCGAGAGUUGCAGCAGCGACUCCGAGUCCAGCUCCUACUCGGAUCAUGCAGCCAACGACUCGGAUUUUGGCUCCAGUUUGUCCAAUUCCAGCAAUUCUGUGUCCUCGGAGGAAGAGGAAGAGGAAGGAGAGGAGGAGGAGGAGGAAGAGGAGGAGGAGGAGGACUCGUCCACCGAGUCGGACUCCAGCUCCGGCUCCAGUCAAGUGUCAGUGCAGAGCAUCCGUUUCAGGCGCACCAGCUUCUGCGAGCCGCCCAGCGUGCAGGCGCAGGCCAACUUCUUGUACCAUCUGGCCUCCGCCGCCGCUGCAACCAAACCCGCUGCUUUCGAGGAUGCCGGCAGACUUCCCGACCUCAAGAGCAGUGUCAAAGCGGAGUCCCCCGAGGAGUGGAAUCUGCAGAGCUGGGCCCCCAAAGCGUCUCCGGUGUACUGCCCGGCCGGCCUGGGCAGUUGUUUCCCAGAGAUAAGGAACGAUAGGGUAUCUGAGAUUACAUUCCCACACUCUGAAAUUUCCAGUACUGUAAAGAGAACUGACCUGACGAUUAACUGCCUGGCAGAGGGGGCCUCUUCACCUAGCCCAAAGACAAACAAUGCAUUUCCACAACAAAGAAUAUUCCGAGAGGCUAGGAAAUGCCCACAAGCAACUCCUACUACACACUGUGCAGAUAACAACACAAUAGCUACUAGGUUCUUCAGUAAUGAGGCUUCGGGAGCAGCAGCAAAUUCCGAAAAAGAUUCCAAAUUCCCACAUUGUCCUGAAUUUGCUACAGAUUUGCCCUCCUCGCAAACUGAUCCCGAAGUGGAUUUAGCAGCAGCAGCUAAAGCCGAGAAUCCCUGCACUGACACAGGCGACAAGGCAUUGCCAUUUCUGCACAAUAUUAAAAUCAAAGUAGAAGACAGUAGUGCUAAUGAAGAAUAUGAACCUGACCUUAUUACAAAUAAGCUAAAGUGCGAGUGCAAUGAUACAAAGGGUGAGUUUUACAAUGUGACUGAAAAUAAAGAGGAGGACGCCUUGUUAACCACAGCCAAGGAAGGGUUUGCAUACCCUCAGAAAGAACCUCCUUCCUUAAACCCACUGGCUCAGAGUCAGGGCCUUUCCUGCACUUUAGGUUCUCCAAAACCUGAGGAUGGGGAAUAUAAAUUUGGUGCCAGGGUGAGAAAAAAUUACCGGACACUAGUACUGGGAAAACGACCUGUCCUUCAGACACCUCCAGUCAAACCAAAUUUGAAAUCAGCUAGAAGCCCUCGUCCUACAGGUAAAACUGAGACACAUGAAGGAACACUGGAUGACUUUACAGUUAUAAACAGACGCAAAAAGGUAGCCAGCAAUGUAGCAUCAGCAGUGAAAAGGCCAUUUAAUUUCAUGGCAAAUUUUCCUUGUCCACCAUCGCUUAUUAUUGGGAAAGAUGGGGAUUUGUGGCCGGCGUAUUCCUUAAACACUACUAAGGAUUCCCAACCUCCUCACAAGGCCCAUCCUAUAUGGAAAUGGCAGCUGGGCGGUUCUGCAAUACCUCUUCCACCUAGUCACAAAUUCAGGAAAUUUAAUUCAUAAAAAUGUUUUGGAAGAUAUUUUCUUGAACCAUAUUACCUUCCUUUUGUUGUAAACUGCACAGGAUGGUUUGUACGAGUCCAUUAAUGGUGUUACACCCCCUUUGGAGUCCUGGUUUAUCCCAUUUUGAAGACAGAAAUCGGAUUACUUUUUUUUUUUUCCA